AUGGAGACACGCACGGCGGGCACACCCUUGACGGACACCGACACACACCCAAGUGAACGCAAACGAACCCGCCGCUGGCACCACCGAGGCUUCACCGGCUGCUCGACCUGUCGCCGCCGCCAUGUCCGCUGCGACGAGGCUUCCCCCGCCUGCAAUAAUUGCGUCCGACUCGGUCGUGAAUGCGAUGGAGCCCAGGGCCAGAUGACCUUCAAGGUCUAUGGGCCUUCUCAGACCUCCGAGUCUGCGCCCGAGACGAAGGCGCCGAAGCGACGGAAGAAAACAUCGGUCGCAACCCCGGCGCGAAAUGAGACUCUCGCGGUCUCGUCUGUCAUAAGGGAAGAGGGGCACGACUGCACAGAGGUCGUGUCUCCCACUACGGUGCCGCCGCCGACUGUCCAAUUCCGCUUCCAGGACCCUGUCACGCCGGCUAGUGUGACGAGGUCGAUCCAGCGCACCGACGAGCGCUACUUUGCACACUUCAUUGACCAGGUGUCGACGCUCUUGAUCAUCUAUGAUUGCCCGGACAAUGCAAACCCCUACCGGACCAUGUUCCCCGAUUUCGCCAAAUCAUGCCCGACAAUGAUAAACGCGAUGCAGGCAUUGGGCGCAUUGCAUCUUGCGAAUACCUCGGAAGGAUCGCAACGAGAUAAACAUUCCCAGACAGCGAUGGCAAAAUACGGGCUGGUGGUGAGGGGGUUCCGCGCACGAUACGCAGAUCCUAGCCAGCAGCUUGGGCUCACGGAUUUUGCGACUUGCCUAUUGCUAUGCCUAUUCGAGAUGAUGGAUUCCCAGCAUCAAAAUUGGGCAGUGCAUCUCAAGGGCGCUCGCGAAAUCUACAAUACUCUGUUUUAUCCGCAUACUGGAACUUCAACACGCGAAGUACAGCGCGUCGCCGAAACAAACCACCCACUCCGCUCAUUCCUCGUAUCUCUACUCUCUUACCUCGACGUGGCUGGCGCAUGCGCGAGUCCAGGGGGCACUGUGGUGGAAGGGAGUUACUGGAAAACCAUGGGCGGCGGAUGGGAGUACAAUCUUGGGACCCCGAGUUUAUCUCCUACACCUGACAAUCCACUUUUGAUCGAGCUGCGUGAAGCAUGGUCGAGCUUGAUGGAAGUGCAGGCGACGAUCAGUACUUUCGCAUCAGACAAAAAGACAUGGAUGACUAUGGACCAGUCGGAUAUGACAUACAAAGAUAUAUUCAACCAGCUUGUUGUAUGGCGUGCAAUGGCACCGCCAAGUCUGCAGCUACUUUCGGAUUUGGACGACGAGAGUAUCGCUCAAUAUCCCUAUCCCGAGGUCCUCGAAUAUGCGGGAUGCAUUGAGGCAUACGAGAAGGCUACAUUCGUCCAUCUCCUUCAGGUUGCCGGAGCUGGGCGUGUGGGUUGGAUUACCGAUUGGACAUAUAUGGAUAUGCUCGUCAGUCGGAUCCUUCUGUUGAUCUGUAAUUUAUCCAAGGGCGUCGGCCAGUUAGCUGUCCUGUGGCCGCUAUUCAUCGCCGGACAAGAAACCCGAAUGGAAGAUGAACAGAAAUACGUCCGUCAAACCAUGGAGGAAUUGAAGCGGUUUGGAUUCAAGAACGUGGACAAAGCUCUCGAGCACUUGGAGGGCGUCUGGUUCAAACGGCGCUCAUUCCCUGGCGGCUGGAUCCAGACUUUGGAAGAAGUUCAAACAAACAUCCUCCUUCCGUGA